AUGGCAUCUAGAGACGUCCAGGAGAAGCAGCACGCGCGCACCGUAUCCGGCUCCGACACUCUCGACCUACUCAGCCUACUCGCCAACACCCUCGUCCUUCACCAGACCAUCCCCUACCUACCCAUCUCGAGCCUCCUCAACCUCGCCGCCACCUCGCCGUCCUUCCGCGACCUCCUGCUACGGCGCACCCCCGGCGUCUUCCGACAUCUCGAUUUGACCCGCCUCCGAACCGCCCAGUUUGACACCCACAACAUCGACCGCGGCGGCGAGGUAUGGCGUAAUGUCCAAGUUGACGAGAACCUGACCGAGGACGACUUCUACUCGGGACCGCUGCGCGGCAUCUUCCAGAGCAUCCGUAAGCGUGACAUCCUCCAGCAUGUGCAGACCCUCGUGCUCGACGGCCUCUCCGUCACGGCCGAGUUCUGCAACGACAUCCUCGUCGACCCCGCCAUGCGCGUGCGCAUCCUGUCCAUCCGCGACGCCAAAAAUCUCAACGAACGCAAGCUCAUGCAGUCUCUGCGCUACGUGUGCCGAUCGACCCGCCCGGACGACACCCCGCGGCUGAAGGGGCUGUACGUUUUCGGCACCAGGGACGCGCCGGCGCUCCCCCCCUCGUCGACGGCGAAGCCGCCGCCGCCGGAACCCGCCCGCCGGGGUGCCAACAUCAGCGCCGGCUGGAACCUCAAGUCCCAGCACGCACUCGAGGAGUCCAUCCGGAGUGAGGGCGACGAUUGGUACCACAAGAAGGGCCGCAUUCUCGGGAGACACAUCUCCGACGGGUGGGCCGAGACGCUCCUCGACUGCCGCGAGGUAAUCCGGUUCGACGCGGUGCUCUGCACCGGCCCCCGUCACCAGAAUUCUCCCGCAUUCGGCACACUUCCGUCGCCCGGGUUGUCCGGUACGGCGGCGCCCGGUGUCGAGAGUCCGUGGAGCGUUGCCACCUUCGCCCUGGGCGGGUGCGCGUCCUGCGGGUCGGCUCCCGAGGGCUUUACCGUGUACGGAGAGUCGCCCGGAGAGCAACUGCCGCUGCUGGCCCCUGUUCCUCUCCACUCUUCCACCGUCAAGGCGGCCACUUGCCCGAAGUCCGGCGUCGGGCCCGAGACGGGCGGAUCGGACCCAAAGUUCAUCCCGAGGUGCCUCGAGUGCAUCCGCGAGCGGUACUGUUUCAGUUGCGACCAGUGGUGGUGCGAGGCGUGCUAUCAGGUACCCAGCCUACAGGAAUUAACCGCGCAGCAUAUCCACAUCCCCGACCAGACAUACGAUGAUCUUCCGGAAGGUCUCAAGCCGUCUACUGUCAAGAAACCCCGCGUCAGUCGGAGCUGCUGGGAAUGUGAACAUAACUGCCUCGAUUGUAUCGCCAGCACCCAGAAGCUCUGCAGAGCCUGCGGCGGCGGUUACUGCAUCAUUCAUUACGAAGGCUCCACGCUCACAUUAUGCGACUGGUGCUCGAUGCGCCGCGGCCGCCUGUUUCGAAGGGUACAUCAGAAGUAA